AUGCCGUCGAACUAUCCUUUAUUCCCUUCGUUGGAUAGCGACAAGAUCCGCAACGAUUUGGUCCCAGAAAUACUGCAAUGGGGUUUAGUGAAUGGGUUGGUAAUGUACCCUUCAAAUCAUAAACUGGACUCAACAUCCAUUGCUCCGACCACGGUGUAUCCUACUCCUUUCCCCAAAAAGAGUUUUGAUCAAGCUGUUUCUGUUCAAAAAGCUUAUAAUAGGCUUUAUGCUACAAUUUCCCAGGAUGGGCAUGAUCACUGGUUGAGUCGCGAGAUCAGUAAGCUGGCGAAAUUUGACCCGGAUUUCACUGGAAAGCUCUGGGAUCUUUACCAACGUGCGGUUACAGAAGGUAUAAGUCAGCCGUUGGCUUUAGGUGUUUUUAGAUCGGACUAUUUGCUUGACAACCAGGAUCUGGAAGUCAAGCAGGUUGAAUUUAACACCGUUUCUGUUUCUUUCGGUGGUCUUUCUACUAAAGUCGGUGAAUUGCACAAGUUUCUCAACGAUUCUGGUAAAUAUACAACAACUGGCGAUGUCUUUUACAAUCAAGUGAUUCCAGUUUCGGAAUCUGCAGAAUUACUAGCGAAAGGAUUAUCGGAGGCAGUGCUUAAGUUCCCUGCUGCUAAAGAUCACACAGUUGUUGCUUUUAUUGUUCAAGAUGGAGAACGAAAUGUUUUCGAUCAACGCAUAAUCGAAUACAAUCUCUUCAAAUUAUAUGGUAUCAAAUCCGUUAGAAUUACUAUUCAUGACGUGCAUUUAAAGACUGUGGUAGAUUCAAAAACAAAGAGAUUAUAUUAUUUGGAAACAGGAGAAGAAAUUUCCUUGGUUUAUUUCAGAGCCGGAUACUCUCCAAGCGAUUUUAAGAACGAACAAGAUUGGGAAAAUAGGCUAGCAUUAGAAACUAGUUUCGCCAUCAAGGCACCUAAUAUCCUGACACAAUUGGCAGGCGCUAAAAAGAUUCAGCAGAUUCUCACUGAUGAAGCAGUCUUAAAAGAAUUUAUUAAUGACGAGGAUACGUUAGACAAGUUAAAAUCAUCAUUUGUAAAAAUCUACCCAUUAGAUGAUACUGAACUGGGAAAAGAAGCCAAGAAAAUUGCUAUGACUUCACCCGAGAAGUUUGUUCUAAAGCCUCAAAGAGAAGGGGGGGGGAAUAACAUAUAUAAAGAGGCCAUUCCAGGUUUCCUCAAAAGUAUCCCAGAAGAAGAUUGGAGUGGCUAUAUUCUUAUGGAGCUUAUCAAACCAGAGCCCACUACACAAAACAUGGUAUUGAGAGGCAAUUGCAUUUCAAAUGAACCCAUUUUGAGUGAAUUAGGAGUGUUUGGGUACGUUUUGUUUGAUAAUUCAACCAUAUAUACAAACGAGUAUGCGGGAUGGCUUCUAAGAUCCAAAUCUAGCUCUUCGGAUGAAGGAGGAGUUGCUGCAGGAUUUGGUUGUGUUGAUAGCGUGCUAUUGUAUUAG